GAUUUGAGUGCUAGAUUAAAAUGGGGGUGCUGCAUCCAUUGUCCAAUUAAGUAAUUGAGAGCUGCCAGUUCCUGUAAUUGUCGUUCAAAAUGCGCCCACGCUUUUCAAAGUGAUGGGUCCAUUACCAUUAUUUGUUGCCGUCCAAAUAUCAAGGAUAAAAUACGAACUACGUAAAAGAUCUAAUAACCUCAUUCCAGGUGCUAAUCGGAUAUGAGCAUCAUUUUGUUAGAUAGGUACCAUUUUCGAAAAAAUUGGCAGUUGAGUUAAAAGUUGACUGACAUAAAGGAAAUUUAUGCGACGUUAUCUUAUCAUUUUCAAACAAACAUAACCUCAAAUGUGAAAUAGAUAUAUGGUAACACAACUGCGAGCCAGUAUUAAUUGUGUUAAUGCGAAGAUAUGAUUAUUUUUCACACCUCGCGAAUAAACGACCACUAAUUGCUAUUUGUACUCCCAAUCAAAAGAGAUUAGCACAUCGGCGAAUUUUAUUUAAGAAUGUCAGGUGCUAACGCGUUUCUUAGUUUACCUGUGUAGAGUGAUCGAAUAUGGAAUCGCCGGGAAGUGACAAAGAGGAUACGAGAUUUUUGAUAUUUCAAAACGCGCCAAGGAACUUUAAAAGUGGCCAAAGCACCCCCGGCACCUAUUACCCGAAAACUCCAGAUAACGUUUUAAACAGGAGUCGCUUUCGUCCAGGAGCCGUGAGAAAAAUAAAGCGGAGGGCAGUUUUCAAAAAUGGCGAUUGCAACAUACUCCACUCGCGCAUAUCGAAACAUCGAAUACGGUUUCUGCAAGAUAUUUUCACCACCCUAGUCGACACGCAGUGGCGAUGGACCUUAAUUAUUUUCGCCCUGAGUUUCUUCUUGUCGUGGCUGGGUUUCGCCGUGAUAUGGUGGUUGAUAUCGUUAACGCACGGAGAUCUUGAACCCGAACACUUACCCAGCGCCCAGGAGGAGUCGGGUUGGACUCCUUGCGUUUCCCAGAUUGAUUCGUUCACGUCAUGCUUCCUGUUCAGUAUUGAAACUCAGCACACGAUCGGUUACGGGUCGAGAGCGACCACCGAAGAAUGUCCCGAAGCGAUAUUCGUGAUGUGCCUGCAGAGUAUUGUAGGUGUAGUCAUUCAGGCGUUGAUGGUGGGAAUUGUGUUUGCCAAAAUGACGCGACCGAAGCAUCGCACUCAGACCUUGCUCUUCUCGAAGAACGCCGUCAUUUGCCAACGCGACGGUUUCUUGUGCUUAAUGUUCAGAGUGGGAGAUAUGCGGAAGAGUCACAUUAUCGGCGCGAAUAUACGUGCCCAACUAAUCCGUGCGAAGACCACCAAGGAAGGCGAAGAUCUCACCCAGUACCAAACGGAGCUGGCCGUCGGAGCCGAUGGAUGCGACGGAGACCUGUUCUUCAUUUGGCCAAUGACCAUAACGCAUAAAAUUGAUGAAAAUUCGCCGCUCUUCUUUCUUUCGGCCAGUGACGUUUUGCAAGACAGGUUCGAAAUCGUCGUUAUACUGGAGGGUACCAUCGAAAGUACUGGACAGACUACUCAGGCGCGGUCCAGCUAUAUUUCGAGCGAGGUCUUGUGGGGGCACAGAUUCGAAUCCAUCGUUAGUUAUAACAAUGAAAGGCAAGGGUACCAGGUUGACUAUUCCAGAUUCGAUAGUACUCUACAGGUCGAUACACCUUUAUGCUCUGGUGCAGACUUGGCGGAGUUUUACCGAAUACAAGAGCAAGAUCAGAAUGAGCUACUUUCCUUGAAGAGGAUUCCAAGUGAUCAAGAUCAACUACAAGGUCCUUUAUGAAAACGUGUGAUAUGAAAUAAGCUAAGCAUUAAAAUACGAUUCCUAUAGAUUUAGUUAGCUGUUUGUAAAUAUAUGUAUGUAGGUAGAUCAAAUGACUGAAAAAAAACAAUUCGAAUACCACAGAAAUGUAUUUGAUUUGUAUUGGUUGGUUUAGAGUAAAACCAAAAACGCGACGAAUUGCUGUACCUUAAAUCUCAAUUCUUUAAAGAAAUUCAUCACAAGUAUUAGUAAUACCGCUAUAAUCGUCUUGCAUCGAAAUGUAGCAAGUUUCUAUUUUCUAGUUUAUAUCAAUAAUUGUUAAGUAAUGAUUUAAUGUAUGGUUUCAUCUCAUGUUUGUUUUUGUCUAACGAGAUUCUAAGUAAUAGUGUUUCGAUACUCGUUAGUAUUAAUUUACUCAUUAUUUCUGUUCAUGAUACCCACUUGUGGGUAGAUAAUAUUGGUUUUUGUUUAUAACAAAAUGUGAAGUUCAAUUUGCUUCUUAGCUUAGUUUUGUGUAAAAUGCUUCAGAUUUACAAGAAGAUUGUUUUUCUCCUUCUCAUUAGAAGACUAAACUCGGCUAAUAAAGAACUUAAUAGGUUGGUUU